AUGGAAAAAGCCAACUGGUCCUCCCCCGUGGUGGGGUUCAUUCUCCUGGGACUCUCAGCCCACCCAAGGCUGGAGAAAACAUUCUUUGUGCUCAUCCUGUCUAUGUAUCUGGUGAUCCUGCUGGGCAAUGGGGUCCUCAUCCUGGUGACCAUCCUUGACUCCCGCCUGCACACGCCCAUGUACUUCUUCCUGGGGAACCUCUCCUUCCUGGACAUCUGCUACACAACCUCUUCCAUCCCUCUAGUCCUGGAUGGCUUCCUCACUCCCAGGAAAACCAUCUCCUUCUCAGGCUGUGCCAUGCAGAUGUUCCUCUCCUUUGCCAUGGCAGGGACAGAGUGUGUGCUCCUGAGCGUGAUGGCAUUUGAUCGCUAUGUGGCCAUCUGUAACCCCCUGAGAUACCCUGUGGUCAUGAGCAGGUCUGUCUAUGUAUCCAUGGCUGUCAGCUCCUGGGCAAUUGGCGGGGCUGCUUCUGUGGUACACACAUCCCUGACGAUUCAGCUGCCUUUCUGCGGGAACAACGUCAUCAACCACCUUGCCUGUGAGAUCCUGGCUGUCCUGAAGUUGGCCUGUGUUGACAUCUCCAUCAAUGUGAUCAGCAUGGGAGUGACAAAUGUGAUCUUCCUGGGGGUCCCAGUUCUGUUCAUCUCCGUCUCUUAUGUCUUCAUCAUUGCUACCAUCCUGAGGAUCCCUUCAGCUGAGGGGAGGAAAAAGGCCUUUUCUACCUGCUCUGCCCACCUCACUGUGGUGGUCAUCUUCUAUGGGACCUUAUUUUUCAUGUACAGGAAGCCCAAGUCUAAGGAUCCCCUGGGGGCAGACAAAGAGGACCUUUCAGAUAAGCUCAUCCCUCUCUUCUAUGGGGUGGUGACCCCCAUGCUCAACCCCGUCAUCUACAGCCUCAGGAACAAGGACGUGAAGGCUGCUGUGAGGAACCUGGUGGCUCGGAAAUACUUCACCCAGUGA